UUUUUUUUUCAUAAAUUUUUACACACAAACAAAGAUUUUAAUUUUUUUACUUUUACCUUUAUUUUACUUUUGAUUUCUGAUACAAAAUGUCAAACACUAUUAUAACAUCUAGAUUAACGGAAGAACGUAGACAAUGGAGAAAAGAUCAUCCUUAUGGGUUUUAUGCUCGGCCCCAAAAGAACGAUGAUGGUACUUUAAAUUUGUUUAUUUGGAAUGUUGGCAUACCUGGUGUAAAAGACACGCCUUGGGAAAAUGGGACUUAUAAGCUUGUAAUGUUUUUUCCUCAAGAGUACCCGGCAAAACCUCCGAAAUGCAAGUUCGCUCCACCUUUAUUUCAUCCUAACGUUUAUCCCUCCGGGACAGUUUGUUUAUCGAUUUUGAAUGAAGAAGAAGGUUGGAAACCUGGUAUUACUAUUAAGCAGAUCGUGCUUGGUAUUCAACAACUUUUAAACGAACCUAAUCCACAAAGUCCUGCUCAAGCGGAAGCUUACGAAUUAUUUAAAAGGGACAAAGCAGCAUACGAACAACGCGUCAGACAACAAGCCAAAGAAAAUAUAAUGAGAUGAUAUAUUUUCCGAACGUGUCGUGUUUACUUUACUAUAUGAUAUCAAUUUGAUUCAAAAAUAAACGAUAUAACGAAGGACAAAUAUAUGGGAGAUGUUUUUUUUAGAUAUAUGAAAAUUUUAUUUGUAUAUUUUCUUUGAAAUUUUGUAAUUCACAAAAAAAAAAAAAAUUUUUUUUUCUUUUAUUGUCCUAAAAUGUUAGUGAGAUCUUAAAUUUUCUUCGUUUAUUGUUUUAUAAUCAAAUACUAUUCAAUUAAUUCGAAAAUAGAUUAUGUAUAUAUAAUUAGUACAGUACAAAAAUAUUUUUUUUCUUAAUUCAACUCCCUGUAACUGUUGAUCAAUUCAUAACAAUCAGUUCUAGAACUAAGUUCUAAAUUGUUGGAAAAUUUGAAAGAACGUAAAGAGAAAAUAACAACAU